AUGUCUUUCGAAUUUCACGUGUCAGGCACAGAAGAACUUGUUGCCUUAAAGUAUGCAGAAUAUGUCUGUUUUUUUUACAGAAUAUUAUGGUUAAGAUUUGUGCUUCUUGAAGAGAACCCAGCAGCAGUAGAACAAAUGAUGCAGAGCCUAGCAAAUAUAAGUAGAGAAGUUGGCCUAGAAAUCAAUGCCAGUAAAACAAAAUUGAUGUCAAACUCAAGGGAAAUAGACGUUAUGGAUAGAUGGCAACAAGAUCGAAUAUGUCAAAGAAUAUAUUUACCUAGGACAAAUAAUUUCCCCUUCAGAUGA